AACAAAGUUUCAAUAUGGCGGUAAAGACUUGCAUUUGUUGAUGUUAGCGAGAACAAGAACUCUAUUUUUAGUGAUUUAAGAAACGGUUACAAUAUAAACAUGGCAACUAUUGCACCAAAGGAUGGGCCUCCUGAGGUGGUUAAUGCCAGAAGGACUGAAUCUCUUGAUGCCCCACACAUACUAAAUCUUGUGCAGGAAUCUACCAAUACUCUCUUUGGUAGAGUUAAUAUUGUGAAUAUCAUAGAAAAGGCUGUGCUAGCAGUAACAUUGUGUAAUGACAGAGAUGAAAUUCUUGGCCAUGCUGCCUUUUUUGAUUAUCCAAAUGCAGAGGUGGAUGCAGCCACUUGGGAGACGUGGUUUGCAGACACAUAUGGCAACCAGCAGUCCAAUGCAUUGAACUCUCUCUUCAUGCAUUAUUUUGUGGCUAAACCUGAGUAUGCACAUGGCUGUGCAAGGGAGAUAAUCCGAACAGCAUUUAAUGCUGUACCUGAUUUACAUUUCCUCUUUCUGUUGGUGCCAAUGGGAGCAUAUCCAGAUUCUGCAUUGGAUGAAAUUUUCAAACAAAUUGACAAAAAGGAAGGAUCCUCUGGGACCUCCAAAGGAGCUGUGUUUGUCUGCCACAGACAUAAUCAUGUGCCUGUCCUACACGUCAGAAAAGCCAGAGUGGAGGACCAUGAUGAUCUGACCCCGAUCUUCAAUCGCCAGAGUGACAUGUUGAAGAUGACCUAUGGAGACUACUUCUUGGCGGAGUUGAUUGAAGCUCAAGAUGAUCACAUGCACUGUCUGGUAGCUGAGGUUGAUGGAACUGCCAUUGGUUUCAUGAGCAUCAGUGAUGAUGUCAAUGUGGACCUACUGAACAGCUGUUUUGAACUUGGUGCACUUCAUGGAUUGAGAAAACCUCACCCAGAUGACCAAGUGUCACCGCCCCAAACCCCUCCUCCAGAGGCCCCCACGGAGGAAGAGAGGCCAGGGUCGAAGAUGUCGGAGAAGUCUGUCAGCUCUUCACACAGUAAAGCAGAACAGACAGAUGGACAAAUGGAUGAAAAGAAACCUGGUAGCAGACAGUCCAGUGGCCAGAACUCCAGAGCUGGAAGUAUGUCAGGGGAUCCUCCUAAAAUACAAAGUAAACUGAGUGACGCCAAUCUGACGGGGGCCUCCUUACUGAGUGACGGGGAACAGAUGGAGGAGGUGGCACAUGAUGCCGAGGAGCGGGAAUCCCAGGUCUCCAGCAGGAAGAGUUCUUUCAAAGAGGAGCCUUUACAGUCUAGACUUGGAACACCACAACCUGUUACACCAAUGAGAACACAGAAACGCUUUGUUCCGACCUAUAAAGGACCUCUUAACGCUUUCAGCAUACAACUUUUCUGUAUAGAUGAAAGAUAUGAAAUGAGGUCAUAUGAUUUUCUGGCUACAUGUUUUUCAUUGUUCCAAGACCUCAGCUUCUGUAUCAUCACUGUACCACAUCUUGUUCCUGAAUUUCCUCUGCUUCAGAGAUUUAUGAGGGUGACCCCGAGAUGUCCAAGCAUCUUGUCACAGGAACUAUAUGUCUUCUACAAGGCUGGUCUUCUGAAGGAUUUCAAAGUCAGACCAGCAUGUUCCUCAGACUCUGCUGGUGCAGAGAAACUUGUUAAAAGCAUCCAUCUUAAUGAAAAUAUCCUCAGAGAUUUACAGCAGUACAACAAAGCAAGGAGGGAUGAGGAUGGAACUGAAAUUCAAGCAUUUGUUGCUGAAUGUCAAGGUCAAAUUGUCGGCCUUUCAAUUAUUCGAAGAGAAGAGAAUAUUGAGUACAUCCGUUCUCACUAUAACAUUGAAGACUUCAUCUACUACAAUCAUCAUAAGAGGGAGGACCAUGCUCAUCUCCAUCACUUUGCUCUAAACCCCAUCUUUAGUCAUCUGUCCAAGAACUUUAUCAAAGAAAUUUUCAGGCAAGGACACAAGACCUGUUUAUACUAUCCUUUGUACCCAAGUUAUACACCAAGGGAGACGGUGGAUAAACACUCCCUGGUGAGUGCUCUGAAUGACAUGGUGCCCGUGAGAUCGCGUAGACAGAUCACCUACCCAUUGGAAAAACUCGGAAUCAACGCUCCCUCCGAGCGGGUGCUGAAGGAGAAGGAAUGCUACGCUCUGAACCAUAUUAACAGAAAACUUGUUAUGGAGCCUAAGGUAACAAUAAAUGCCCGGAUUGUGGUGGUUGGAGCUUCUGAUGUAGGAAUUUCUCUUUUGGAGGCGCUUGCAUAUUGUCCCCACUUACGGUUCAACAACUUGACUUUGAUCUCGCCCCAUGGACUGCCAGGAGAGAUGGCCCCUGACGAACUGAGGGACCAGAUGCUGGGUCACUCAUACUGUUACGAUCAGGAGAGCUAUGCCAAGGUCUCCCUCAGGACAUGGGUGAAUAUGGUAGUUGGUAAAAUGACUGCGUGUGACAGGAAGAAGAAGGUUGUUGUAGUGAAUGGAACAUCAGUGGUUCCUUAUGAUCAUCUAGUGAUGUGUAUGGGACAACAGUACCAGAUUCCUGCCCCCACCGAGGCAGAUGUUGACAUGGGGACCACUAACAGUGAUUUACCAAACUCUCCAGACAGGCGUUACCUCAAAGGCCAGCCCAAGAAUCUGUUCACAGUCAAUGAUGAGUAUGAUGCAGCAGUGGUUUUGUAUUGGAUUGAAAAUUAUUUCCUCAAGUCUAACAGGAAGGCUUUAGUGUACGGCUGUACUUUGGAUGCCUACUGUUGUGUACAAACCCUCCUAGCUAUGGGGAUACCAGGCGAAAACAUCCAGCUGGUGGAACCACCUGCAGUUCAGCAGUCUACCUGCUUCAAUGACCCAAAGGUAGAUGAAGCUGUUAAGCAGGCCAUAGUGUCCAGUGGUGUCCAGGUGCAUUCUGGGUAUAUUCUAGCCCAAUGGAAUGAUGGGAAUGAUGCAACAGAGAUUACUUCAGCCAGUUUUACAUCUAAAUCAACGCCCCUGAGACUGGAAUGUGGGGCAUUCUUUGCCUACUACAAGAGAGCUGUGGAUACAGAUGCUUUCAAGGCCAUUAAUGAUGCCUGUCUGGUUUAUGAUGGUAAGUUGGUUAUCGAUGCUGCCUUCCAUACGAAUGAUGUGUCAGUCAGAGGGGCGGGAACCAUCACAAAGUACCAGCGUAAAUAUCACGCGGACCAGUGGAGCCAUGCCAACUUCAACUCCAAAGAAGUGGGAGUACAUCUGGCCACUGAGCUGCUGCGUCUGUUUGACCCCACCCUGGACCAGCAGAGUGGACCCCCAGAGGAGGCAUUGAAUCUGAUCCCCAUCUACAGAAAUCCUAAAAUUCAAGGAGGGGUUUUACCAGGUGGCUACCACUACCUGCAUGUUGCCAAACCUGGCUUAGACAUCCCAUUAGCCACACAGAAAGAACAGCCAGAUUACGGUAAGGAGUACAUGACCGGCACCCCUGGAGGUGAACCUGAGUAUUUUAGGAUUCACAUUAACCAGUACAACAAUGUGGAAACCAUCACAUGUCUAGCUAAACAGGCUUUCCCAAGUGAGAACUUCAUCUGUUUAUAUGGACUGCAUGAAAGGUUUUUGAACAACAUGGUGUCUCGCUUUAAUGAAAAACUCAUUCCAGACUUCUAUGGGUUCUUUAAGGAGACCUGGAGCGUUGCUCUAUAUCAUGAUAGAUUCUCCGACUUCAGGGACGAGGUUCGAGAACUUCUGGUGACAAGCCCAGGAGUUGGGAUGGACUGUAUUGAAGACAAGGUCAGAGAGGUCGUGGAUGAGGAUGUACCGAUGAAUGAUGCUCAGAAGAAGCAGCUGUUAGAAAUCUACGCCUCCAGUGGAUCAAAGAGAGCUGUGGAGACACGCCUCCUUAGCUUCCUGAGUUACAAUUACUAUCACCUCCCCAUGUAUGCCAAGCCGGGAAUGGUGUAGUGCUGAAAUCAGAGCACUAGUUCUGGACAGCCAUUUGUUCAAUAACAAAGUCUGUGUAGAAGUGAUUCAAAUUGACAAUUGGUGAUGAGCACUUUUCCAACAGGAGUUCCUCAGCGAGGAGAUCUUACUUGGAGAUGAUUUAUGAAGUUUCUAUUUAUAUUGUACAGUAAAAUGAAAUGAAAAUGUCCACUCUUCUGUGAUACAAUGUUUUUGCUCUUAAAUAUAUUUAUUGAAGAUCACUUUACUUGUACAGUUCCUUGUUUUGUAAUAAAUACUUAAUUAUUUUA